CCACAAUGCACCGCGGAACAGCCACGUAAACGUGCAGUCCUCAGCGCUGUGUAUGCUAGCCGCAACUGUAGCAUCUGCUCUGAAAACCUGCCUUUAUUCCACCACAUGUGAAUUUAAACACGAUUUACAGUUCCCAGGUCUGCUCUCAGUCUCUGGAUGUAGUUGUCUGUCCCAGGUUAAACAUGUCGAUGGUGAUGUUUGCGUCGGUGGUGCGGAUCAAAGAUGGCCUCCCUCUUUCGGCCUCCACAGAUUAUGAACAGGACGCUGAGCUGCAGGAGACGAAGAGACACCUCAAAACUUUGUCCAAGAAACUCAGCCAGCUCCCUGACCGCUGCAGCCUCAAGUCCGGGCCCUACAACGUCAAUUUCACGAGUUCUCUGGGUGUGGGAUACCUGAUGGUGUGCACUGCAAGUUAUCCUAAUGUUCUGGCCUUUUGUUUCCUGGAUGAGCUUCAGAGAGAGUUCAUCAUCACCUACGACCCAAAGAGAAUCAGCACCGUUGUGCGGCCAUAUUCUUUCAUAGAGUUUGACACGUUCAUUCAGAAAACAAAGCAGCGCUACAACAACCCACGCUCUCUGUCCACAAAGCUGAACCUGUCGGACAUGCAGACAGAGAUCAGACUGAGGCCGCCCUAUCAGCUCUCACUCGAGGAACUGCACGAGCUCAACGGGGGCAACAAACACGGCAACGCCAAGUACAACGGCAUUGCUCCCACUCAGAUGCUGGAGCCGCUGUCUCUGUCUGGGAUCGUCGCUUGUGUCCUCACUGCUCUGUGUGGAGGUCUGAACCUGCUCAGGGGGGUGCAUGCCAUCGAGAGCAUUCUGCAGAACGGAGGCGAAGACUUUAAUUACGUGAUUGCCUUUUUCCUGGGCACCGCGGCCUGCAUCUAUCAGUGCUAUCUGUUUGCAUACUUCUCUGUGUGGAGGAGCAUUAAGUCGUUCUUGGCCUUCGCUCUCAUCUGCCUCUCAAACAUGUAUCUCUACGAACUCCGAAACCUCUGGCAAAUUUUGUUUCACGUCGCGGUUGGAGCAUUCAUGACAUUACAAAUCCGGCUACGGAGACCAAUCGGCAAAGCACCAGACUACAAUGUUUGACCAUGGAUUUUGUAUGGACCUUUUUGGACAAGUGGGACACCGUACUUUUACACAACAAGCAAAGAUGAACUGAACAUCAUUUACUCAAGAGGAUUUUGAUGGUUUGGCCUAGCGCCAAAAGUGAGUUAUAGGGAUUUUAAUAGACAUUAUUUUAAUUCUUAUGUUUGGUUUUUAAGUAACAGUUGCAGCCAGGUUUGCAGCCACCUUUUUUUUGCAAAGUUCACUUUUUCACUCAUAUCAUAAAAUGCAUUGGUAACACUCUACAAUAACUUCAAUUAUUCAUGCCUCAUUAAAGCAUGAACAAACUCUUUAUUCAUAAUUAACAAAUAGUUAAGAAUGGUUCAGGCUUAGUAACUUAAUACCGUAACUCUUAAUCCUAACCUCUUAAUUAAGUAGUUUCUAAGCCUGAAGCCUCUUAAUAAGUGAUUUGUUUAACCUCACUGUUGGUGUCAGUACUUCCAGUCCAACUCCGUCUCUCUGAGGUUUUUGCACAGUCACGCUAAAAUGAAUAAAUAAUUAAGGCUCAGGCUGUGGACAGGGAGCUGUGAGUAUUAAACAUUACACAAAUAAAAUAAACAGUUCACCAUAGGACAGUUUUGUGUUGUGAAAGAGAAAUGUUUGUCUCAAUGCUAAUGUUAAUGCUAAUUUUGAGGUAUUAUAACUAUUAAAAGAGCACCACAAACUGAAGUAUUCUGUGUAUAAAAAUAAUUGUAUAAUCUUAAUUUUUAUUAAUUUGAAUUUUAGCAGUUUUUUUUAUUUUAUUUUAUGUUUUCCAAUUUUAAUAAUAGUGACUGUUUAGCUUUGAGUCACAGUGAGUUAGUUAGUGCGCUGCUGUGCACUGAGCUUAUUGGAUUUUUAGCUGCGCAUUAUUAAGGCUAAGUAAGGUGUAGUUGUUAUAAAGUGGUACCAAUGCAUCAUCUCAAUUGUUGAUAAGAAUGUAUUGUAAAGGUGUAUGGAUGACAAAUGCAUAAAAUGAAAGUACAGUGCCUCCAACUGUAGAAAUGGUUUUCAGUAGUUUGUCCAGAAAAACAAGCUCAUUUUUUUUUAUUUUCCACGACCACAGUAUUAUUUUUGCACAACUGUUUAAAAUACCCAUAGAUUCAAGAACAAGCAAUGCAGAAAAUCAUAUCAAACCAAAUGGUCAUAACAGUGACCAACACACUAAACUAAAUGCAGGAUAUCAACUAUAUUUUUUUAUUUUAUUUAUAGUUUUGUGCAGUUCAAACCAAGCCACUGUUUCUUUUGAUGUUUAUUUUUUUAAACAAGCAAUAAUCCAAAAUGUCAGGUGACCACAGUAAUUUUUAAAAUAAUUUAUAACAUAUUUAGGAGAGGUUAUAUACACUAUACACACUGGUAAUAAACAUUUGUAACAUUAUUCCAUAUUGAUGCUGCAUGUGAAAAGGCUUUACUUAAAGAAAACGUACUGUGCUUUUUUCUGCUUUAGAAUUAUAAUCUAUGACACCCGUGGAUCUUUAUGUUGUAUUUUGGACAUUUUAAAUCGCUAGGUCACUCUAAAGAGCAGCUGACUUUUUUCAUUUGUGUCAAAAUGACUUUGAGACGAAUCACUGAUUGAUGAAAUAAAAUUGGAGAACUAAAUACAACUUUCGGCUUUGUUUAAGAGGUCUACUUGUCAACAUCACACAAAAAGAUACCCAAAUCAAGACAAACAUUCAAACUUAUGUUCUUAUUAUCUAUAUAUAAAAAACCUAAAACAUAUUUCACAUUAAUUUAUUUAAAGAACCAUAAGAUCACAACUGAAAACCUAUGUAUCAUUUUGCACUGACUGGAAUGCUUUAUUUUUAUGCAUUUUAUUGACAGCUAAUUUAUUGUAAUGACUGAAAGUAUAAUAUUGUACCAAUGAAAGUCCAGCGUAUUUCUCUGUAUAUUUUCUGUCUCAUUUUGGUGCAUUACAUUGUUUUUUGCACAUGUUUGCAAAUGUUUAAAAAGCAGAACUAAAUCUAUGCAAUGCUGUCUUCAAAGUGUGGCCGUUAUUUCAGUCAGAAUGGAGCCAGCAGCUGUUUUCUUAAGUUUGUUUUUAAGCAGUUAUCAGUUUUAUUACAUGCUUCAAAAGAUUGAGAUGUGUCUGACUGUCAUUUAUUUGGAUGUUGUUAAAAGAAUCAAUGAUGUUAUAUCACUCCAAAUGAAUAGCUGUUUUUUUUAUUGCAAUUUUCCAGAUUUUUUCAAGUGUUACGUUCAGGUCACAGUGCACAUUUCAAAAUUAUCCAGACCAUAAAUGUUUGAAAGAAGACAGAAUAACAGCUAAACUACAAUAAUAAAAUGUUUCUAAAGAUCU